AUUUGGCACCUGCUUCAUGUGGAUUACUUUCCUGUAACGAUAGUAAACAACACGGAUAUGUCAUCCCAGUACAAACCAGGAGGAUGACUUGAAGAGUAAUGGCCGACGCUUACACUGUGGACUCCAAAGGGAGGGGCCCAGGGGAGGGGUCUGACACAACCUCCAUCAAUACGGUGGGGGAAAAGAAGCAGGUGCGGAUAGCCAAGCCAAAAUCACGCAAACUCAAACCUUUGUUUGAGUCAGAUUCGCAGAGUAUGGAGGAGGGAAGGAACCGUAAAGAUCCUAUACAGCACAGUCGUGCAUCUUUGACUGCUCCAGCACAAGCAAAAAUAUGUUACUUCUACAAAGAUGAUGAUUACACAUUCCAAUCAUUGAAGGUAGCAGUCAGUGACCGUAAAUAUAAGAGACUUGAUACUCUCUUUAGUGAAUUAUCAAAAAGGAUGCCAGGGUUAAACUAUGGUGUUCGCAGUGUUUUCACACCUAAAGGAAGAGAUAAAGUUGAGAGUUUUGAUCAACUGACGAACGAUCAAAAAUACAUCUGCUCAACUCAGCGUCAUACACUGAAAGGAUUGGAUAUAAACAAAGUGGACAACCGGGAAAUCUGGCAUGCAACUCGACCUCCAAGUGGACGUAGGGCAUACAACCGUUUGGUCAGGGACUCGCGGUUACGAGAGGGUCGAUUUAGGAAAACAGGCAAACGAGACCCACAGAUGGCAUAUGCUUAUUAUUCUUCUAUGCCUAAAAAGGUGACAAUUAUGAGAAAUGGGGACCCAACAAACCGUCAUGUCAUGAUAUUUAACAGAAGGACUGCCCAGACAUUUGAACAAGUGCUCAACGAUAUUGGGGGAACAGUUAAAUUUGCUGCUAGGCACCUUUACAACAUUGAAGGAAAGGAGGUAAAGAGUUUACAACAGUUGAUGACUGGCCCAGAUAUAUUGAUCGUAGGAGGGAAAGAACCUUUCCGAGCUAUGGAGGGUGUCUCCUUCACACCACGCCAGUCCAGACUUGCAUUAUCUCGUGGGGGCCUCAGCACUGGAGGAGGGUCUGACAUGAUUGCGAGGAAAAUGCAAGAACGACGAGAGAGAUUAAAAAAAACUCAGGGUAGAUGGAAAGUCCUGGUGCAGACCAACAAACACCCAUCCACUGGGACACCGGCUCAGGUAACACUGACUGUGUAUGGACACAAGGGAAACUCGGGACCCAUUGCACUCGGAAACGGAGAUGGAACUCAAUUCAAAAGUGGAAAUCUAGAUACAUUUGAUGUGUCUGUGGGAUCGAUAGGAGAGAUAUAUAAGAUCCGUAUCGGACAUGACAACUCUGGAGACAAUCCAGGCUGGUUGUGUGAUGAGGUAAAGAUGAUGGACACGCAUACUGCAGAGGAACUGAGGUUUGAGUGUCACCGCUGGAUGGCGCGAGACGAGGAUGAUAUGGAGAUCUGUCGGGAGAUGCCAGCUGUACGCAAGAGAGAGCCCAUACUACCAGUGAUGCGGUAUGAGGUUAGUGUGCAUACAGGAAGUCUGUGGAAUGCUGGGACAGAUGCCAAUGUGUACAUGACCGUAUAUGGUGAUCGUGGAGAUACUGGUGUGAGACAGCUCUUCUCAAAAGCCAAGAAUGCAGUUUUUCAACAGGGCCAGGAGGAUAUGUUUACUCUGGAGGCUGUCAGUCUUGGCCGUCUGAAGCGGGUCAUCAUUGGUCACGAUGGUACCGGUUCUGGAAAUGGCUGGUUUCUGGAGAAAGUUGUGAUCAGGGAACCAAAUAGCAAGGCCACAGAUGACUAUACCUUCUACUGUGGAAAGUGGCUAGAUGAAGGAGAAGAUGAUGGGAAAAUUGUGAGGGAGCUGAAAGUACAGGAAGAAUACAUGGAUGACAUACUCGAAAAACGAAAUUGGGAAUAUGAGAUGUGGAAGUUCCAGAAAGAUGGCAAGGUGAAAUUCUACAGUCUGGUCACACACAAAGCUGUCCGCACGAAAUCCAACCUCACUGUUGACGCGCUGGCCGAUGACUUUGACAACGAUGCUGUGUACAAUGUGGUGGUGAAGAAAAAGACCAUGGUGAGAGCAUUCAGUAGUGUCACAAAGCCUAAGAACUUCCUCGCCAUCGACAACGGCAAGAUCACCAUGCAGGGUAUGGGAGGACCAUAUUGUGAAUUCCGUGUGCGUGUCCAGCAUGAUCGGUCAGUGAUGCUGGAGUCAAUGAAGAAUCCACUACAAUUUGUUACGUUCGGUGAAGAUGGUCAGCCCGAUGAUGUACGAGGCGUUCUGGAUAAGGAGCCUACACGUAGAUUCUUUGUCUACUGCAAGGGAAUGUUCCGUCACCGAGGCAUUGUUAUGCUGUGCUCCUCCUUCACUCAAGCCAUCACCAUCAACCACGACUACUCCAUGCAGGCCACAGGCAAACAGAACAAGAUGGCACAGUUCAGGGUGCACAAGAUCUCAACAGGAGGCAUCCGGAUGUUUGAGAGUAUGAUGAGUCCAGGAAAGUUCAUACGCAUGAAAGAUGGCAAAAUUGAUUGUAUGGGUGAGCGUAAUGAGUACUCCCACUUCAUGGUUGAGAAGCACCGUGACCAGGGAUAUGUGUCGCUCCAGUCUGUGACACAACGUGGGCUGUACCUGGGGAUGAAGCCAGAUGGCCGUGUGUGGCCUACAGUGGACACUGGUGUCAACAACAUCUGGCUCUACCCUUCCGUCAUUGAAUUUGGUGUUCCUAAGUUACGUAGUACAGAACAAGUGGAGGAGAACGCCUUGAUGCAGAGUCGGCAGACUGACAGCGUAAUGACUGUUGACAUGACACCCACCCCCACCCCCACCCCCCGUGUAGACUUUGCAGUUGGAGAUUGGAGUAUCAAUAUCAGUACCAAAGACACACUGAAGAAUGGAGACAUUGCUCUGGUUGUGUAUGGAGACCGGGGUAACUCUGGUGCUAUCCCACUUGGGGCUCCGAGUAAAGAAAUCUUCCAGGAAGGCAACAAGGAUGAGUUCAGGGCAAAUCUACAGAAAGUUGGUACAAUAAAAAAGAUCAGACUGGAACUGACUCCCAAGGGAACUGAUGCCUCUUGGAAGGUAGAUGAUGUUGUGUUUGAGAACCUGACCUCAAAUGAGGUGCUGGAGUUCAAUUUUAACAAAUGGCUGUCCACCGCUCAUGAGGACCAGCAGAACAUGCGAGAAAUGCCCGUCACCAAACAAGGCACUGACUCCCGUAAUUUAAUCAAGUAUAAGGUGAGGGUCCAGACAGGAAAUGAAAUUGGUUCGGAGACUGAAGCAAGUGUCUACUUCAACUUGUUUGGGGAUGAUGGGGACAUAGGAAAGCGACUUCUGCUCAAAUCCAGCAACAAGCAAAAGUUUCGUCGUGGCCAGGUGGAUGUGUUUGAAGUGGAGGCAGUAUCGAUUGGUCGUCCUCAGCGGUGCAUUGUGGGUCAUGAGGAGACUGCUGAUGGCCAGGGAUGGUACCUGGACCAGAUUGUAGUACAGCAGGGGGAUGAUGCUCAGGAGAAGUACAUCUUUGAGUGUGACAGGUGGCUGGACACCGGUCAGGAAGACCGCCGGAUCGAGAGGACACUUACACUCAAGGAUUCUCAAGUCACUGAGGUGAAACCUGUUGCAGCAUUAGAAAGUGUAGCUGAGACAAUAGAAGACUUAGAAGAGGAAACCAAAGAAGAAAUUCGUCCGGAGACAUUCAGAGAUGGAGACUGGCGACUGUACGUUACGACGGGAUCCGACGCAGUCAUGGGUACUACUAACGGUGUGUCACUCUAUGUCUACGGAACCAGUGGUGUCAUGGGACCUAUCUCUCUUGGCCAGGACGAUGAGGAGCCUCACUUUGAUUCUGGGGUCACUGACGAGUUUAAGGUGUUUAUAGGCCCCGAGCUGGGAGACCUGUACAAGCUGAGGAUAGGCCAUGACGACAAAGACACCACUUCUGGCUGGUUCCUACAAACGAUGAAGAUGAUAAACAUAAUGACGAGUGAGGAACAUGUGUUCAAUUUACACCGGUGGAUGUCAAGGUCGCGUGAUGAUCGUGAUGUGUGGCGGGAGAUUCCUGUGUCGACCAAGGGCAAGCCACUGUUGCCAGUUAUAACCUACACAGUCCAAGUACACACCGGUUCUCAGCUCAGCUCUGGUUCCACAGCUGAUGUGUUUGUAUGCAUGCAUGGUCAGCGAGGUGAUACUGGUCGUCGUAAACUUGUCAAGUCAGAGACUACAGAUUCAGCUGUGUUCCAGCAAGGCACUAUGGAUGUGUUCCACAUUGAGGCUGUGUCCCUUGGCGAGCUGAAGAAGAUCACAAUAGGUCACAAUAACAAAGGCGAUGACCCAGGCUGGUUCCUGGACAAGGUUGUUGUCAAGGAGGCUGAGAAGAAUGAUGCAGAAGAGAUUUUCUUCCCCUGCAACAGAUGGCUGGAUGAGAACCAGGAUGAUGGCAAAUGUGAAAUUGACCUAAUUCCACAGAAACCAGUCAAGAAGUCUGAGGGAGAAUACAAAGUGUGGAUACAGACAGGGGAGGAAUCAAAGCCCUCCAAUGGAGGAACUGUAUCAAUGGUUGUGUAUGGAGAAAAUGGCAAGACAGACCAGAUCAAACUGUUUGCCCCCAAUCCAACUGCCAAGCUGUUUGAACCAGGCAAUAUUGACCAGUUUGAGGUAGAGGUGGGAGACAUAGGAGAGCUCUACAAGAUUCGUACUGUCAGGGAGGACACCCCUAAGUGGGAGGGAUGGUACCUCCGUGAGGUGAAGCUACAGGAUAAUGCAACCCAGGAAGACUUUGUAUUUGGCUGUAACAGAUGGCUGGCUCGGGACCAGGACGACUUUGAUGUAGUCCGAGAGUUUCCAGUGGUUAAAGCGAAUAAAACACCACCUUCUGUGUUCCACUACGAGGUGACUGUAUAUGUCGGUGAGAACUGGGCUGCUGGAACAGACUCUAGUGUUUUUAUCAACAUAUUUGGAAAGAAAGGAGACACAGGGAGAAGAUUGCUGUACCACUCCAAGUCUAACAGUCAGCCACUGCAGCGGGGCCAGGUGGACACUUUCCUGUUUGAGGCUGUUGCCCUUGACAACCUGACUCAUAUAGAAAUAGGCCAUGACACCAAAGGUCAUGGAGCAGGUUUAUUCAUAGAUCAGGUGACAGUGUCGGAGACUGAUGGCCCUUCCCCGACCAGCCUGUACGUGUUUCCGUGUAGGCGCUGGUUGGACCAGAGGGAGGGUGACGGUAGAACUUGGAGGACCCUACCAGUUCUGGACAUCAGGGAUAGCACGAAACCAGCCAAACAGAAAAACCUGGCCAAGAAAACGAAGGGGAAGUAUAAUAUUGUGAUAAAGACUAGUGAACGGCCGGGAUCAGGUACACGUGCCCAGGUCUUCAUCACAGCCGAGGGGACAAAGGGCAAGGCUGACCGACAACCACUCGGCAAUGUAACCACUAAUGAAGUGCUGUUUGAUGAGGGAGUCACCUCAGAGUUCAAUAUGGACUUUGGUGAGAUAGGAGACCUGACAAAGAUCCAGCUGGACCAUGCUAACCAGAACCCUAACCCAAGCUGGCAUGUCGACUGGAUCAAGCUGACUGACAUUGACACAGAGGAGGAGAUGGAGAUAUUUGUGGAUCGCUGGUUUGCUCGGGACGAGGAUGACGGUCAGAUAUCAAGAGAGUUUCCCAUUGUCAGAAAGGGAAAGAUACCUCUUCCAGACAGACAAUACGUGAUUGAGAUACAGACGGGUAAUUAUCCUGAGGUAUCUGUGGCCCAAGGGAAGGCCUUCCUAACCCUGACUGGAAGUGACGGGGACACUGGGAAACGGCCCCUGGACAAGCCUUUCUUUAACAGUUCUCAGCUGUGGAGGCCAGGGCAGGUGGAUGUGUUCAUUAUAGAGGCAGUGUCUGUGGGCAAAAUGCAGACAUUGCAACUUCAGUUCGAGGGCAAAGGCAAAGACAAAGUUUGGUUUGUGGAGCGUGUCAGUGUGUUUGAGGGUCUUAGUGCAGUAUCUCAGAUUGUGUUCAACUGUCAGCAUUGGAUUGAUGUCAACGCUGUGAUCCCAGACAAGUUCAAAGUUUCAGAAAUACUGCCAUCGCUUUGUCCUAAUGAGAUAACACAAAAGUGGUUCAAGGAUGUUCAGCCUUUGAGGUCAAGUGGACAGUGGUCACUACAGGUGUUCUGUGGUCAGCAAACUUCUGGAGCUACGACAGAGGAGGUCUACUGUGUAGUGUAUGGCCUCAAUGGUCAAACUGACCAAAUACAUCUAAAUGCUGACCACCAGUUUACACGUGGUGCUGUGGUCAAGUUGGAGGUGAAUUUAGGGGACAUUGGUGCAAUAUACAAGAUAAGAGUUUACUUUGGUGGCGACUACACUGGUGCUGCCUGGUUUCUCCAUAAGUUAAAGUUGAGAGACCAUGACACAGGGGAGGAGUUCAGUUUUGUGUAUGAUGGGGAGUUGGAAGGUACAGAGGAUAAUGCUGAUGGCACUGUGGAGCUGGCUGCAAUUAGACCCGACCAGGAACCUCUACAGGAUAAUGAAUAUACACUGUAUGUUGCUACGGGAAAUGAAGAACAGUCAGGUACUGAAGCUGAUGUGUUCUGUGAUCUGAUUGGUCAGUGGGGAAACACAGGGAAAAGACUGCUGAGGAAAUCCAAAUCUGCUGUUCCAUUUAAACAAGGCCAGGUGGAUGAGUUCACCAUCUCUGGCCUUGACCUUGGAGAAAUAAAGAAGGUUAUGAUUGGUCACAGUGAGAAGGGGCGUGGAAAGGGGUGGUUGUGUGCCCGGGUACUCGUCAAGUCAUCACUCAACGAGGACCUGCGGAUCUUCCCCUGUAACAGAUGGAUGGACAGUGGAUGUGAAGACCGACGUCUGGUACGAGAACUCCUACCCCUGGGGGCGAUGCCCCUGACACAGUCUCCUGAUGGAAAAUCAGAGGGCCAAUGGACAGUACAAGUGUGGUCAGCUGACCGUAGUCUACUGCCCAAGUCAGCAGAGGAACUGUCCAGUAAGUCUCGGUCAGUAUCACUGACCGUCUACGGCAAGGACGGUGUGGAGGGACCAGUGGAACUAACAAACGAGGAACAGGAGAGAUUCCUACCUGGAAUGGUCAACAAGUUUCCGGCAAUUGAUCUCAGUAAGGUAGGAGACCUCCACAAGAUCCGUGUGAGCUCCGGUCUGGAUGAGGAUCCCAAUCCUGUGUGGACCAUCUCAAAGCUUGUACUAACUGACUCGGUGACAGAGGAACAGCUGCUGUUUGACUUCUCUGGCUGGGUUGGAGAGGAGGGUGGAGACAUCAGAAAGGAACUUCCAGUCAUCAAAAUGGGCAAAGGAUACAAACAAGUGGUGCCGUACUACGUCGAGGUUUACACAAGUGAAGAGGAAAUGAACGCUGGGACCAAGGCCAAUGUCUACCUCACACUCUACGGCCAACAGUUUGACUCCGGUCGCCGACACCUCACAAAGAGUCAUACCAACAAAACCAAGUUCCAGACAGGGCAGGUGGACAUAUUCCGACUAGAAGCAGUCGACCUUGGGGAGCUGGCCAAGGUUGUCGUGGAGAAGGGACCUGGUGACCCCUGGCUCCUGGAAAAGGCCACCGUGAAGGCCGGAGAAUUUAAGAAUAUAGAAUAUAUAUUUGAUUAUAACAAAUGGGUCGGUACCAAGGAGGAAAAGGACAAGGAAGCCGAGGUCAAUAUACGCAUCACCAAAGUGGAGCCAAGCACUGUGGUGCUACCUUACGGGGUCGACUAUAAUCCCACUGUGUCAAAGGGAUCAUGGACUGUGGAAACUGAGACUGGUGGACAGAAGGGUGGAGACUCUGCCUCUGAUAUCGUCAUGGUGAUGUGUGGAGACAAGGGGGAGGCCCGUCCCACACUUCUUAAGUCCACACGGGACAAUGCCUUCCAGAUAGGAAUGACCGACACUUGUAAGUUGACAUUGUCGGAUGAUAUUGGAGAGCUGUACAAAGUGAGGAUAGGUUUUCAGGACAACUCACAACCUAAAGGCUGGUAUCUACGCAAGAUAAAAUGUGAGGAUAACGACACCGGUGACAUUUUUACUUACGAACUCAAUGAUUGGGUGACAGUGGAUGACAAACUGGAUGGCUGGAGGGAGUUCCCAGUGGUGUGGCCGGCCAUACUGGUACCACAAGUGAUGCGGUACCAGGUGUAUGUACACCUUGGACAGGUCCGCAAACCAGUAGAGGAUGUGUAUAUCUACCUGUACGGGGACAGGGGUGGCACCGGCAAACGCAGCCUCAAACAUUCACUGUCCAACACCGACAAGUUCCAACAUAACCAGGUUGACCAGUUUGAGGUCGAGGCCGUAUCCCUGGGAGAUCUACAGAAGGUCACCAUAGGUCAUGGUACACUGGUUGAAGGUUCUGGCUGGUUCCUUAAGAAGGUUGUUGUCAUGGAAUCGGAUGAGACUAUUGAGGAGGCUGUCUUUACAUGUAAUCGAUGGCUGGAUACAGGCGAGGAGGACGGUAAGGUUGAGAGGACUCUGUACAUCACGGAAGGAUCCGUCCACAGCCCUUCUCCUGUACCUGUGGUUGCCCCAGUCAUUCAGGAGAAGGUUGAUAGUCCUAAACCUGAAUCAGAGAAGGGAGAUAACUCUAGUCCAAAACCAGACACUCCAGAACCGGAACAAACAGAACAGGAGGUCAAGAAAUCUCCUACACCUCCUCCUCCACCUCCUCCUAAAGGAAACCCUUGGUCAGUUACUACAGUGACAGGGUCAGAGAGUGGACAAGGUACGGUGGCUGCGAUGGCCUUGGUUGUCUAUGGAGACAAGGGUCACAGUGAACCAGUAGUCAUUGGGGAAGACCCAGACUUCAGAUUCUACGAGGGGAAGACAGACGAACAUGAGGUGAGGAUGGAAGCAGAGGUGGGAGUGGUCUACAAGGUCCGGGUGGGGUUCCAUGGCCAGGAGCACGACCUCUCUUGGUACGAGGAUAGUGCUACAGCCCCCUCCUGGUUUGCAGAGGAGAUCAAACUGACCAACUUGACCAGUAAUGAGGUAUACACAUUUGAUUCCAAAUCCUGGGUGAAGUUGGAUGGAAAAGACGACUUCUGGAGAGAGUUUCCAGUCAAACAGGAGAAGGAUGAACUCUCAGUGAAGCAGUAUUAUGUGCAGGUUUACACUGGAGACAAGUUUAAGGCUGGCACUGAUGCCAACGUGUUCCUACAGUUGUUUGGAGCGCGAGGUGACACCGGCAGACGAAUGCUCCUCACAUCCAGGAACAAUGCCAACAAGUUUGAGCAAGGAUCGGUGGAUAUUUUUGAAAUUGAAGCAGUUGACCUUGAUAACCUUACAAAGGUCAAGGUUGGUCAUGAUGGAUCUAAUGCAGGAUCAGGGUGGUACCUGGACAAAGUGGUGGUGAGGGAAUUUGAGUCGGCCAAGGAGAGUUUUGUGUUCCAAUGUGACAAAUGGCUGGACACUGGAGAAGAUGACCAGGAGAUUGUGCGGGAACUAACCUUGACAGAAGUGGCUAUUGAGGAGGAAAAGCCCCCAUCUCCUAAAGGUGUCCCCUGGAAGAUUUGCACUGUGACUGGUGAGGAGGCUGGACAGGGCACAGGGUCAGCUGCUGUUGUGGUCAUUUAUGGCAGCAAAGGUCAAACUGACCCCAAGGUCAUAGGGGAGAGUGAGGAAUUCAGAUUUGAAAUGGGAAAAACAGAUGAAUUUAAGGUGCAUGUGGAGGAGGACAUUGGGGAGGUGUACAAGGUCAGGGUCGGUUUCCAUAGCUCUGAACAUGAUCUGAUGUGGUACGAAAGUCCAGACAGUGCUCCAUCCUGGUUCCUGAAACAGAUGACCUUGACAAAUAUGAAGUCUGAUGUGACUUUGACCUUCCCUGGUGACCAGUGGAUAAAGUUGGAUGGCUUCAAUGACUACUGGAAGGAGUUUGCUGUGAAGGCAGACUCAGCAGAGGACCAGCUUACAGGGAAGACAUACAGUCUGGAGGUCCACACAGGGGACAAGUUCCAGGCAGGAACGGACGCCAAUGUGUUUGUGGAGCUGUUUGGUGAGCGAGGCAACACUGGCCGUCGACGUCUCCUCACAUCCAGGAACAAUGCCAACAAGUUUGAGCAGGGGGCAAGGGAUCUAUUUGAAGUAGAGGCUGUUGACCUUGGGAAACUGACCAAGGUCGUCGUUGGUCAUGACGGUGAGAACCCUGGUUCAGGAUGGUACCUGGACAAUGUGACCGUCUCGGUGUCAGAUAAACCCACCCACAAGUUCAUCUUUAAGUGUGAAAAAUGGUUGGAUGUAGGAGAAGAUGACGCAGUGAUUGUGCGGGACCUACCCCUCACCAACGAGGAGGAGGUGCAGGAGGAGGCACCCAAACAACCUCCUAAGGAGGGUGAUUUCCGUGUCUUCAUCAUUACGGGGAGGGAACCCAAGUCAGCGACCACUGCCCAAGUGACCUUGACAGUGUAUGGAGAUGCUGGGAACUCUGGACCGCUCCAGCUUGGUAAAGCUGACAGUGGACAGUUCCAAGUGGGACAGACAGACGAAUUUGAUAUCUCUCUGGACCCAGAGGACCUCGGGGAGUUCCGUAAGAUACGUGUGGAGCACGACAAUUCAGGCUCAGAUCCUGCCUGGUGGCUAGACAAGGUAAUCCUCCAUGACCUUGUGAAGGACGAGAAGUUACAGUUUGAUGUAGACAGAUGGCUGUCCUACGAUGAUAAGGGUGGUGAUAUAGUCGUGGAAGUCCCGGUCAAACACCCUAAACACGAUGCAUGGCCAGCGCCAGUGAACAAGUACGUUGUACAGACGACGACCGGGAAUGAGGCUGGGUCAGGGUCAGAUGCUAAUGUUUACAUCAACCUGUUCGGCACACUGGGUGACUCCGGCAAACGUUACCUCAAAAACAACAGGGAAGGUGGGAACACCUUCGAGACAGGAAAGGUGGACACCUUUGUAGUGGAGGCUGUAGAACUUGGUCGCCUAGAGACCAUCGUCAUUGGUCAUGAUUCCUCAGGAUCUGAUCCUGCCUGGUUGGUGGAGAGGGUCACAGUUAUGGAGUCUGACGAUGCAGAAAAACGUUACUUGUUUCCAUGUGGCAGUUGGCUGAAGGACGAGAACAACGUAGAACCGGUGGAAUUGGAGCUGUACAUGGAUCGUAUGGAAAAAGUGGAAAUUGUCAGCUCUGACCUUAAUGUCAACGGAAAUCAAGGAGGGAGGAGCACACAGGAACAGAGCCAGCAACAAGAGACCGAAGAAGGAAAGCAGGAAGAGAAAGAAGGAGGUGAAGGAGAGACAGAGGGAGAUACAGAAGGGGAUCAAAAACUGACAGAAGGAGAUCAGGGAGAGGCAGAAGGUGAAGAAGACACAGAAGGAGGACACGAGGAUCAACAAACGGAUGGAGAGAAAGGAGAAAAUGAUCAGGAUGAAACAGAAACAAAAGAAGAGACAAAUAAUAAAGAAAGACAGGAGGAAGAUGAUGGAAAAACAGAGGAUGAGGAUAAAAAGGACGAUGAGAAUCAGGUGGAAAAUAAUGAAGGUAAUGAUGGAAAAACAGAUGAAACAAAACCAGAAGAUACUCCAAAGAAAGAGGAAAAUGACUAAACAGAGUAUAUACAUGGACAAAGUGUGCUGAUAAUGAAAUGUGUAAAUCUGUUUUACAGAACCAAUUGACACACUAGACUUGGAAUACAUGAACAUAAAUGAAAUACAUGUAUGAACAAUAUACCAUAGAGAGUUUGGUAAUGUUGUAUAUAGUGUUUGUGUGUAUUGGUCGGAGAGCUUUAAGCCAGAUAUUGAUACAGAGGUUAGUUAAAUGUUGGUGAUGGAGGGAUUUACUGUAACAAUACUGUGUGCUGUUAUAUUAAUCAGGGUACAAAACUGUGAGGUUUACAAUGUAUUGGUAAUGGGCCUUUAUCAAUAUCUAAAACGCUGCCAAAAUAUUUAUCAUAAAUGUCUCAUGCAAUAUCUGUCUGUCUCACAGAAUGUUAAUCAUUGUUACUGUAUUUCAAUGACCUUCUCAAACAACGACCCUCUAAAACAUCGAACACACAGAACAGCUCUCAUGCAAUGACUUGCAAAUGACGGACCUCGAAUACAACGACCCUCUUCUGCAACUGUCCACUCACAUGAAGACCCUCUUAAACAAUAACUUUUACAAAAUAACCCUCUCGGACAACAACCCUCUCUCUCACAACAACCCUCUCAUGCAACAUUCGUCUCACACAACAACUCUCUCUUGCAUGAACCCUCUCACACAACAACCCUGUCAUGCAACAACCCUCUCAUGCAACAACCCUCUCAUAAAACAACCCUCUCAUGCAACAACCCUCUCAUAAAACAACCCUCUCACUGUCUUGCACCUUCAAAUUCCUCAGGAUGAUCACAUUUACUCAGUGACAUCUAACAGUCGGACACAACUAUAAUCUUGUAUAAAACACACAUUACAAUUGACUCGCAUGAUGACCCUGCCAUUAUGACUCUCAUAUUAACUUAUUGCAUUGAAUAAGAUUUUUUUAUUCUGUAAUAAAUGUUAAUAUCUAUUAGUGCUAAUGUCGACAACCCUUAGUAACAAGGCUGUAAGGAUUUAUUAUAGCAAACUAUUACUGGGUUUGGAUCUUUGUUCAAAUAUUUAAUAAAAAUGUAAUUGAUAUUUAUUACCAGUUUCCAUACAUACACAUACUGUAACAACAGAUAAUGUUGAUACUUCAUUUUCUGUCAUGAUUCUUGACAUUCAAAUUAUAAGUUACAUGUAAUAAUAUCGGUGUAAAUGGCGUUCUUUAAUGUUUUCCUUCCCUGUUUAUACAUAUAUUGUACUAGUUUUGUUUUGGAAAAUUGUAAUAGUUGUCUUCUCUUGAAAAAACAGCACCAAUUCCUUGUAUCUAGGUAGUUAAAUAUGAAAAAAUCAGCUUUGUUGAUCAUACAGCUUUUUUUUUAAGUUGAUAAGAAUUUUGAUGAACAUGUUCUGGAUUUACCUAGGUAUUUUAACUGAAAUGAAUUCCUCACCAGAUUAUUCUCUGUCGCAAGCUAGUAUGUUUUUGUUAGAUCAGCCACUGUCUUGUUUGACAUCAUCUGAUUAUGUAAGAUUCAUUAGAAACAGUGUUUAUUUAUUGUUGUCUUGAAGUGCUGAAAUGUUUUCAAAUGCAUUUUUGUUGUAACCAUUAGCCAUAAAUGAUGUUUGUUUUGUUGUUGAUUGGAUUGUGUAUAUUUAUAUAGAUGUAGUUAGUAAGAUGUAUAGUGGUUGUAGUUCAGUAUUAUUUUUACAUGUAUAACUAGGUCACUCUUUAUAUGGAGAAAUUUGAAAAGGAAAAAUUGAGAUUAUGACCAGAAAAUGGCAGAAUAUAGAAUUACAUAGGAUUAGGUAGUAUACAGUGUUGAAAUCUAUCCUUAAUGGUCAGUGGAUGAAUAGAUUAAAAUAUUAUUGUUUUGUGGUUUUUGAGAAUUCUCCUCUGACCUUGUCCUGCCCAAUUAUAGGAUUAGCAUUUGUGACAAUGUCACACCAUCUAAAAUCUAAAAUGUGUGAUGUGUCAAAGUCAUGUGACCAUGGUACAUCAUCCAAUGAUUGUUAUUUAUUAAGGUCAUGUGACCAUGGUACAUCGUCCAAUGAUUGUGAUGUGUCAAGGUCAUGUGACCUGCAACACGUUCUAAUAUUUGUUUUUUUAUGAUGCUCAUAUAAACAUGCAACUCCGUCCAAUGAUUGUGAUGUAUUUAUGUUGUGUUACAUCACAUAUCCUAACAUCUGUCUUGUCUUUGCACGAUUUGUCAUAUUAAUCUGCUAAAGUGAUCAGUGAUUUAUAAACAAGAUGUCUUCCAGCUGAUUACCAAAUACCGUAUAAGAAUCAUCUGACUAAUGAAAAGGUCAAUCCGGGCCACGAAGGGUUCGGGUCCUGUUAUUUUUUGGAAUUUGUAUUGUAACUAAUAAAUAAAUUGUGUAAUAUAUUUAAUUAUGUAUAUUUUUCACACAGAGAUACAUAUUUUCUUUCUUUUCAAUUUAUUAUGCAUAUGUUAUUUACUGUAUAUAAGAUAUAUUAAUAUAUUUCCAUGGUGUAUUUAGCUGUCUUAAGAUUACGAAGUUGCCACAUAAGUACUGGAAUGUGUCGUCAUCAAUCAAUGUUGCAUCCUUUUUGUGUACAUAGAUGUCUGUUGACGAGACCUUUGACCCAGACCUUUACAGUGUUACAAUCUGGCCACCUGAACAAAUGCAUGCUGGGAAAUAAACCUUUGAUAGUUUGUCUCUGUGUUUCAUCACUAGGUUACCUAGAGACUAGGAUGAGUUUAGGCUGUACAUGGAAGUAAAUUUUGUACAUUUUUGUAACAGAAGCUUAUAAGACUUGUCUAAAAAGACAGUGAUCCCAGUUCUCGUUUGUUCAUAAUUUGUUGUAUUGGAAUCUUUUUACGAAGUCCACUUGUCAACAAAAUUAAGGCACAGAGGUCAAAUUACGUAAGUGCCUGUUGUCGUUUUUAUUCGGCAAUAAGCCCAUUCAUGUACCAACAUCAUCCAUAUCUAUCACAGUUUAGUAGAAGUGCCAACAAAUGUAAUUUCAUUAUCCUGUAAUAAGCCGACACUGGACGUUUAGUCAGAGAUUACCCGGUAUGUUGGUCCCCUGGGCAUUUUGGAUAAAUAUGGUAUGAACAUGUUUAUUGUAAGUCAAUAUUUAUGUAGCGACCUGUAGUUAUUCCCUUGGACUAGAAUUCAAUGCAGUGAAUUGUGAUGUUCAUUUAGUCGGUGAGUAAGAAAAUCAGAAACUGAGUCAUUAGAAAUUAGCAUAGAUUCGGAAAUUUUAGAGAAUGACAAUACUUUUUCCAGGAGCAUAAAUUGUUUUUGUGAAAAUAUUUGUUAUGAGAAAUAACAUUUUUAUCAACUUGUCUAAUACAGUGUAUAAGGAAUUAAGGUCAGUUUGGAGUUUGUUUUGUCUCCAAAAUAUUGGAUGAAAUAUUUGUUCUUUUUCAGUUCGAUUAACUGCAAUAUAAUUGAUGAUCUACCUCAAGUAGUUCUGUAUUGGUAAAAUAAACAUCUGGUAAAUGUUUACAGUAACCAUGAAAGGUUUCGGGAACAAAAACACUAUUGUUUUAAAAAAUAAAAAACUAGUCAAAUUGAGGGUGAUCAUUGUCAGGAGAUUAGUUAAAUCUGAUGCUGCAUGUUGAGCAGUAAGCAAAGUUAGUAGUAGAAGUCACAAACAUGUUUUAAAAGUAUUAAUUUCACAACUAAACCAGCAUACACAUAUUAGUUAGAUUGUGUCCUGAUAUUUUUUCCCAAUAUAGAUUUUCUAGUUUAGUGAUAUUUUCUAUAAUUUAUUAUCUUUAAAAUGGAAAACCUAACUCAGUGCCUUAUUAUAAUGUACAGAAUUGACAUCUGGAAUGUUUUCCAGGUUUUUCCAAUCCAUAAUAGGAUUUAAAAUAUUUAACAUAUUUAUAUAAUUAACAUAUUUAUUGGAACCUGAUGUAAGAUGAACAUGUACAUGUUUAUCUAUCAUAUAUAUUUGUAAGAAUUCACUAGUUAAUUAUACACUUUGAUUUUCUGAGGAUGAAAUUAGCCUUUAAUUAAUAUACCUAUUUAUUGAACAGAAUCUCUGGAAUUUAUCAAAAUUUUGUAAUAUGCCAAUGAUUUUAGUAGCAUGUCUUUUUGUUUUAUUUUUCAAAUUUAGAUGUGCCAACAAAUCAGUCUUAUGUAGAUGUUUUUAAAUCAUUUUUGAAUUGUUCAUUGCACUAAAUAGUUGUAUAUCUGGUUCAGUGUACUUCUGUAAACCAGAAAGGUUGAAUUAAGCUGGAUAACUGACUGAACCAAACCCCUUCAGUCUCUGCUUUGAGUAUGAACUCUUGUAACAUCAGUUGAACAGGCUACCAUUUUACAUUUCUUGCCUCUUUUCUUUUCCUAUUUUAUGAUUUUUACUUAUAAUAUAUAGUAUUACAAUACUGAAUCUCUGUCUGGGAUGUUUUACAAUGAUAUAAUUUCCGUAUGAUUAUAUAUGUAUACCCUAUGAUUUUAUAUAUAGUUCAAUCUCGUAAUGACUUUGUGUAUCGUUUAGUUAUGAAGACAAAACAAACCAACAAGGAAAAAUAGUUUAUCACUGCUAACGUUUUAGCAAUGAUCUAUAUUUGCCUUGUUGAUUUUUCAGUCUGCAUAUUAAUGAUACAUAAAUGUAGUUGUGAAGUAUUAGAUAUACAGACUAAGAAAUAUAAGGCCACAAGCUUAUAAGGCUAGAAAACAGUAGUGAUGAUCAACUAUAUUAGCCUUGUUGAUGAUUUUUUUAGUCUACAUAUACAUGUAUAACUUGUUACCUGUUUGAUAUAAAUUGUAUACCUAAGUAUUAAUCUGUUUGGUUGAAGACAUUGAAGCAGUGUUAACACUGUCCUUCAGAUUUCCAAUUACAGUGAAUCUCAAAAAUGUUUAAAAAAUUACAAGUAACAUGCUUAUUUUGACGAAAUGCCUCUUUUUAAUACAGAAAUCGAACUUGCAGAUAGAUCAAAGGGUGCCUAUUUUUUCUGCUGUACUUGUGAUAUAUACUGUGUUAUCCUUGAUGUAGGUAAAUAUGUAGGAAGAACUAGUAUAGUCCAAAGCUCGUUUCUGUGAUUAUUUAUCUGUCGUAUUCCAGGUGGACGGUUUUUGUAUUGUAAUGAUUUUUUUCUGUGUACCUAAGAAUUAUUUUAAUAUUUCGUUGACUAAAAUACAUAUCCAUUUUAUUCAAUAUAUUCAUUAACAAGC